ACAGUUUCAGGGAAUAACCGAAUAGUGCGUCAGGACUUUUCAUCCGAGCAGAACCUGAGAGGACGAGUUGCUGGAUUUGAUCUUCUCUGCAGGAGUGAAAAGGAGUCAUCAUGGAGGGUUCACUGCCUCUGAUGAUAGUUGUGAUUGUGGCUCUCUGUGGAGCUGUGCCGCUCCCUACACCCAGCCAAGAAGAGAUCUCUAAAGCGCAGGAGUAUCUGUCUCAGUAUUUCUCAGACGUCGGUGUCAGUGCGCCCAACAGCAUCUGGCGCAGCUCUCUGGACUCUUUUGAUGACACUCUGAGAAAAAUGCAGGAGUUCUUUGGGCUGGAGGUGACGGGUCAGCUGGACUCAAAUACCAUAGAAGUGAUGGCUCAACCGCGCUGUGGUUACACGGAUGUGACCAGAUACAGCCAUUUUGCGGGUAAUCCCAAGUGGCGCAAGCCUUUGAUAACUUACAGGAUAACUCAAUACACUCCAGACCUGAAUCAACGUGAUGUGGACGCCGCCAUAGCCAAGGCUCUGAAAGUCUACAGCGACGUCAUUCCUCUGGAUUUUAAACAGGUCUACAGUGGAACGGCUGACAUGAUGAUGAAAUUCAAGGGUCGAGACCACGAGGACUUUGCUCCUUUCGAUGGACAGGGUGGGGUCUUAGCUCACGCUUUCUCUCCCGGUGAGGGCCUUGGAGGGGACGCCCAUUUUGAUGAAGAUGAAACCUGGACUCUAACCUCAUCAGGAACAAAUCUCUUCUUGGUGGCAGCACAUGAGUUAGGACAUGCACUGGGAUUAGGCCACUCUAAGGUCAAGACCGCCCUGAUGUUUCCCACCUACCAGUAUGUGACCACUGAGGACUACGAGCUGUCUGAGGAUGACAGACAGGGAGUCCAGGCUCUCUAUGGAGCCAGGGAAACAUCUGCUCAACCGACAACUAAACCUGACCCAAACCCAAAGCCCACCAAAAUGCCAUCACCAAAAAGACAACCCAACCCUGAACCAGAUCCUGAACCCACAUCAGAGCCUCCUCCAGACCGGUGCAGCAGGUACCUGAUCUUUGACGCUGCAACCUCCAUCAACGGAAGCCUUCACUUCUUCAAAGACGGACAUUUCUGGAAGAGAGGCAGCUCCUGGGACGGCAUCAGUGUGGAGAAAAUCGAGUCUGUGUGGCCUGGAAUCAAAAAAGUGGAUGCCGCUUAUGAGUACAAGAAAACAAACACAGUCAUUUUCUUUGAAGGGGAUCACUACUGGGGGAUCAAUGGGAACACUGUCCUUCCUGGUUAUCCCAAACCUAUCAGCGACUUUGACCUCCCCUCAUCCGUCACCAAGGUGGAUGCUGCUGUCUAUGUGCCGUUCACAAGUAGAACCCUGAUCUUUGUGAGGGGAAAAUACUGGAGCUACAAUGAAAUGCUAGGCAGAAUGGACAGCGGUUAUCCAAAAACCAUCAGCAUUGAGCUGAGUGGAAUCGGCUACAAUGUGGAUUCUGCUUUUCAGAACAGAGGUUACCUGUACUUUUCAUCUGGAUUCAGACAGACCGAGUACCACUACGAGCGCAAACGAGUGAUUCGCACUAUGUUAAACAAUGGGUGGAUGGAUUGCAAUUAAAGAAACAAAGACCAGAGACACAGAAAAAGACACACACGCAUACACACACAUACAGACACAUGCACACACUCGCAAAAACAUGUUACCACACAAUAACAGAUGACAGUUCAUGUCUUCUUCAAUUACUCCUGAGUAGCUUUUCAUGUUUUUUUCCCUGUAGAGUUUAGUACAUAAUAAAUAAAAGCAUUCUGUAAUAAGACAUCUACUUGCUAUCUCUUUUUAUGCAUCAAUGAACCAGAUUUUAAAGUGCAAAACAUCAAGAGUAGAUGAACUGCUUCUUUAUAAUGCCUGCAUGUUGUGUUAGUUUUUAUGUGAGGUGAUAGACAGUAAAUAAAAGGUGGACGUGGUCAUCGUAGUAUCACUCU